AUGCCACAAACAAAGCUACUCUCAUCGAGAUCGGUGAAUGGUGUUCGAGCACUGUGUGGCUGCCUGACGGCCUUCUUAAAUCGUGAUGAAGUAACUGAACCGAUCUGUUCGGCACUGCGUAAUCUAACUCAUCAGAAUGAACACGCCUCGCUUGCUGUACGACAGAUCCACGAUUUUGGUGUACUGAAGACUAUUGCGGGUCUUUUAAAAUCCGACCAAUUUCCAGAACAACUACCCCUCGUCAAAGCUGUCAUUGGUCUCAUUCGUAAUCUUGGGUUGUCAAAAUCCUGCCGACGUAAUUUGCAUCAGCUUGGGACUACGGAUAGCCUAAUCGCGCUGUUUCAACGCGCCACAAGCGCCUAUGAAGAUGCCGUUCGGCAGCGCUCCUCCAUUCUCUCAGACGCUUCCGAAUUGAGCUACAUCGAGGGUGUGAGACUGGAGGACCUUGUUGAAUUGCUUCUUGUUGCGUUACAGUCAAUGGCGCAGCAUUCAUCUGCCCGAAUGACCAUCAUUGAAGCUCCUGAAGGCGUUUUGGCCAGUUUUGUCCAGUAUUUGUACACCAGCUCGGAAUUUCUCCAGCGGGCAUCACUGAGUUUGUUGAAUGAAAUCUCCGUCUGUCCUGAAGGUAGUCAGGCCAUCGAACACGAAGGCGCAAUCGCGAGGAUUACCGAACUGGUGCACUCCUCGGAUCCCAAAACAGCCACCUACAGUGCUUCAAUCCUGCACCGCGCAGCCGCUCAUCUGAAGUCGGUGGACUAUCAGUUGCGACUUUCUCAAGAACUGAAGAAAUCGCUUCGUGAUUCCGGUGUCCUUCCCGCCCAAGGAACCCUUUCUGAAGCCCCCAGCAUUGAUCGAUUGCCCAAUAUUCCGGAAGAACGGAUUCCCAAACCUCGCCCUAGAAACAAUCUCGACGUGGAUAAAUAUGAAUGUGAGUUUGAAUCUGCGCCUGUCAUUUGUGCUACCGGACAGCGUCUAAAUAGCAGCCAUCGGUCAUUGGACGAACCGCGAGUUUAUCUGGAGGGUCGUGAGGCCCCGCAACUGAUUUGA